AAUGGCCCAAGUUGGCGCUGGUGCUGCUGGUGGAGGAGGAGGAGGUGGUGGUGGUGGAGGUGCUAAUAACAAAAAGCCAGAGGAGCUGCAACCACACCCAGUAAAGGAGCAGUUGCCCGGGGUUCAAUAUUGCAUCAAUAGUCCUCCUCCAUGGCCGGAAGCUAUAGUACUGGGGUUCCAACAUUAUAUUUUGACUCUUGGUAUUACUGUUUUGAUUCCAAGCAUUAUAGUUCCUCAGAUGGGCGGUGGUGACGCGGAGAAGGUUAGGGUUAUCCAGACCUUGCUCUUUGUUUCAGGUUUAAGUACACUCUUUCAGACACUCUUUGGGUCCCGACUUCCUACUGUGGCUGUGGGCUCAUAUGCAUACAUUGUACCUACCACUUCAAUUCUCCUAUCCAGUAGAUAUACUUCAUAUGUAAAUCCCCAUGAGAGGUUUGUGCUGACAAUGAGAGGGAUACAAGGUGCUCUAAUUAUUACUGCAUGCUUUCAAAUGGUUAUGGGUUUUCUUGGCUUAUGGAGAAAUGCCGUGAGGUUUCUUAGCCCUCUCGCAAUUGUUCCUUACGUUACUUUUACUGGACUGGGGCUCUAUUAUCUUGGAUUUCCCUCGCUGGCCAAAUGUGUUGAAAUCGGACUUCCACAAAUAGUAGCAAUUGUUUUCAUUGCACAGUACCUCCCUAAUUAUUUGAAAUCAAAGAGGCCAUUUUGUGAUCGAUUUGCAUUGCUGUUCUCAGUUGGACUUGUAUGGUUUUUUGCUCAACUUCUAACAGCAAGCGGUGUGUAUAACCACAGACGCUUGGUCACCCAGAUCAGCUGCCGCACAGAUCGGUCUGGACUAGUCACUUCAGCUCCUUGGUUCUAUAUUCCUUAUCCAUUGCAGUGGGGCAACCCCACUUUUAACGCUGAGGAAGCUUUUGCUAUGAUGGCUGCCUCUUUUGUUUCUCUUUUUGAGUCUACUGGUACAUUUUUUGCAACAUCUAGGUACGGGAGUGCUACACCUGUACCGCCUUCUGUGGUUAGUCGAGGUGUUGGCUGGCUGGGCGUUGGAGUUCUGCUCAAUGGCAUGUUUGGUUCUGUGACCGGUCUCACAGCAUCAGUGGAAAAUGCUGGUUUAUUAGCACUGACAAAAGUUGGAAGCCGAAGAGUGAUCCAAAUAUCAGCUGGAUUUAUGAUUUUUUUCUCUAUAUUCGGAAAAAUUGGAGCAUUCUUCGCUUCUGUACCUCUGCCAAUCAUCGCAGCUACAUACUGCAUUUUGUGUGGCUAUGUCUCUUCUGCGGGUCUUGGAUUUCUCCAAUUUUGCAACCUGAACAGCUUUAGAACAAAAUUUAUCUUGGGCUUCUCUUUCUUUCUUGGCAUAUCAGUACCACAAUACUUCAGAGAGUACUAUCAACUGCAUUCCAAAUGUGACCUCACUCGUGCCAGUUCUGGAUGGUUCAACGAUGUAGUGAUAGUAAUAUUCUCAUCCCACACGACAGUCGCUGCUCUGGUUGCGUUGUUCUUGGAUCGGACACUUUGUUGUGAAACUGAGGAGACGAGAAAAGAUAGCGGGUUGAAGUGGUGGGAGAAGUUUAGCUUGUACAAUUCAGACGUUAGAAAUGAUGAAUUCUAUGCACUCCCAUGCAGGCUCAACAAGUUAUUCCCAGCCCUCUAAAGAGUAAAGAGUAUUGGUUUGCAACUAUUGUCUCUUUCAGCCCUUUCUUUUUAUGGAGAAAGACAACAAACCUGAAUUGUUCUUAGCUGUUAUUCUUCCAUCUUCUAAUCCUUGUUAGGCAUUUUGUGGUAGAUACAGUAUAUUGAUCAGUUUCUAUAUAUGAUUAGAAGAAUUCCUUGAAAUUUUUUUUUUUAAAAAUGAUUUUCAGCA